AUGAUUAUACCCACUCACUUGCUGCCUACGGGACCUCCGAAGGGAUUUCCGGACCCUUUUACACCUAUAUUCUCUCCACUAUCAAAAAGAGCAACCGCACAUCCCAUUCACACAAUUGUCGCCAUUGCCUUGCUCGCAUCAGCUACCUAUGUCGCAUUGUUAGAAGUCAGUUUGUUUGGGACUCGAAGCGACGAUGGUUUGGGAUGGGGCUUUGGAGGUAAUGAUUGGACAAAGACUGCUUUGAAUGGGGCAGCUACUGUUCAAUUAAGCCAGAAGGGAGAUUGGGAAGAAGUCAAUGGAUUAAGGCAAUCUGAAGCUGCUACUAGACUGUCGCUGGUUACUUUGAGCUUCCCACCGUCUCAGCCGCAUCAAAGCAUCGCUGCACCAUCGAAUGUCUCUUCUAAACCCACUGUCAAACCUCUAUCGGUCACUUCAUCAAACAGUCUCGCAUUCUCUGUUCCCUAUGAAGAAACCACAUCUUUCCUGUCGCAAGUCGGUGUUAUCUCGACUGGUAACGACAUCGACGCUGAUGGAAUACCUAACGAACAGCAAAUCUUUUGGGUUGCGCAGGAAGCUGGCGGAAAGAGCAUUUCCGACAAUAGCUUGUCAGCCCUGGGGCUCGUUGGCUGGGUAAAGAGCAGCUGGGAAAGUUUCACUGGCUUGAUCAAGAAUGCUGAGUCGCUUGAUAUUGCGAUCAUGGCAUUUGGGUACCUCUCUAUGCACUCGACUUUCGUGUCCUUGUUCUUGUCCAUGAGACGUCUUGGCUCCAAUUUUUGGCUCGCCACAACUGUUCUCUUCUCCUCCGGAUUUGCCUUCUUUUUCGCUUGCUUCACGACCCAUAGGCUUGGCGUGCCAAUCAACUUGAUCCUAUUAUCCGAGGGUUUACCGUUCCUUGUCGUCAUAGUUGGGUUUGAAAAGCCGAUCAUUCUCACCAAGGCUGUUCUUGAAGCCUCGGCGGCCCAGAGACGUAAGGCUAUACAGAACCAGGAUAGAAACAAGGGUACAAGCAUUCAAACUGCUGUCAGUGAAGCCGUUCAGCAAGUUGGUUUCUCUAUCGUCAGAGAUUUCGUUAUUGAGAUUGCCAUCUUGGCGCUUGGAGCUGCUUCUAGCAUCCAGGGAGGUUUCCGCAGGUUCUGCUUCCUUGCUUUGUGGAUCCUUGUCUUCGACUGCAUCCUUCUCUUCACCUUUUACACUGCCAUCCUGUCCCUUAAACUUGAGAUUAACCGUAUCAAGAGACAUGUUGCUCUUCGUAAGGCCUUGGAAGACGACGGUGUUAGCCGACGGGUCGCAGAAAGUGUCGCUCGUGAAAACGAUUGGCCGAAGAUUAUCGAUAAAGAUGGAAAUCUGAUUUCUGAGGAUGAACUAUCGAAAGAUAAGACCACCAAUAUCUUCGGUCGAAAAGUCAAGGAUAGCAAUAUUAAGGCAUUCAAGGUCCUCAGCGUCGCCUGUUUUCUCUUUGUCAACAUCCUCAACACGGUCAUUCUUCCGUUUAGGGAACACUCCGCCACAUCUGUUGUGACACCUAUCACCCCAAGCCAAAUUAAUGCCCUCGCCAUCGCAAAGAAGGGGCUUGAAUCGAUUGCUGAAAGCGCCGCCCCCGGGACCAUUGUCGAAGUUCUUCACCCUGUCAUCUUCCGGGCUGUUGUUCAUGAUGACUCUAGCCUCCCGUUCCCAAAUACUCAGCAAAACUCCAACCUCUUCACCGAAGAUGCUGUCGGUUCUCGUGUCAUGCAAAGUUUACUCAAGAGUCUUGAAGAUCCAAUUCUUAGCAAGUGGGUCUUCGUCGUCUUGGCAAUGAGCAUCGUGCUUAAUGGAUACCUCUUCAAUGCCGCCAGAUGGAGCGUUAAGGACACCCAUGUUGGCGAAGUUGAGGCUCCUGCCCCAGUCCGAGCUAUGCCACCACCACCAGCGCCAGUACCAAAAGCCUACAUCCCAAUUCCUGAGAUCGUCAAUACCGAAGCACCAUCUGAAAAGCCUACUGGAGACAGAAAGGAUAUCAGCGUUUUGACCAACAUUUUGAAAUCGGAUCCAAAAGAACUUACGGAUACAGAGGUCUUGCGUCUUUGCCAAGUUGGAAAAUUACCUAUAUAUGCCCUAGAAAAACAGUUGAAAGAUACCUCGCGAGCUGUUGCUAUCCGCCGAAGGGUAGUUGCCGGGACCAAAUCAACUAUUGCCAACUCCCAAUACCUCGCCGAAUCGAAACUGCCACAACUACACUACGACUAUGACCGUGUCCUUGGCGCUUGCUGUGAAAAUGUUAUUGGAUAUCUCCCCCUUCCUGUUGGUGUUGCCGGCCCUCUCGUUAUCGACGGAGAAAGUUACUGGAUCCCCAUGGCCACCACUGAAGGUGUCCUUGUCGCCUCUACCCAUCGUGGCUGCAAAUCUAUUAACGCUGGUGGCGGUGUUACAACUGUUAUCACCGGUGACGGUAUGACUCGUGGACCCUGUGUUAGUUUUGCAUCUCUCGCCCGCGCCGGAGCCGCCAAACUUUGGUUAGACAGUGAAGAAGGUCAAAAGGUCAUGAAAGACGCAUUCAACUCUACUUCUCGAUUCGCCAGGCUUCAAACUAUCAAGUGUGCUCUCGCCGGUACUUAUCUCUACAUUCGUUUCAAGACCACUACCGGUGAUGCCAUGGGUAUGAACAUGAUUUCCAAGGGUGUCGAGCACGCUCUCAGCGUCAUGGCAAACGAUGCUGGUUUCGAUGAUAUGGAAAUCAUCUCCGUCUCUGGAAACUACUGUACCGACAAGAAACCCGCCGCCAUUAACUGGAUCGAAGGCCGUGGAAAGAGUGUUGUUGCCGAAGCCAUCAUUCCCAAGGAUACAGUUGAAAACACACUCAAGAUCACGGUUGACGCAUUAAUUGAAUUGAAUAUCUCCAAGAAUUUUAUUGGAUCUGCAAUGGCCGGUAGCGUUGGUGGAUUUAACGCUCAUGCUGCAAAUAUUGUUGCUGCAGUCUUUUUGGCUACCGGACAAGAUCCUGCACAGGUUGUGGAAAGUGCCAAUUGUAUCACUGUUAUGAGAAAGGUCAACGGCAACCUUCAAAUCUCCGUCUCCAUGCCUUCUAUCGAAGUCGGCACAAUCGGUGGUGGCACAAUUCUUGAACCACAAGGUGCAAUGCUUGACCUCCUAGGUGUCCGCGGACCUCAUCCAACAACUCCUGGCACAAACGCCCAGCAACUAGCAAGAAUUGUAGCUGGUGCAGUACUAGCCGGAGAGCUGAGUCUAUGCUCAGCUCUUGCAGCAGGACAUUUAGUCAGGUCACAUAUGCAGCACAAUAGAAGCGCUGCACCGACACGGAGUAAUACCCCCGCAGUAGGGAAUGGGAGCGCCAACGGUGGACUAGCGAUGCCAACCGGCUUGACGAUGACAAGGACUAAUUGA